GGUGGCGGCAAGUGAUGCUGCCCCAGAGCGACGGACGGACGGGACGCGCGACGAGCAACUGAUGCUCCUGACGCGCUGCUUUCCUUAGGUUUGUCAACGCUGCCUACUCCUCAGCACGCCUUAAUACCAGCUAUUGUUCGGUUGCCUUGCCUGAGGAGAUACGAAAUACGAAAUUAAAUCAAACUUAUAAGCAUGCCCACAUGCUGCCAAAGAUCGGAGCCACGGAGUCCUCGUACGGAUUGAUAAGAAAAAAAAAAAAAAACCUGGCUAGAGGGGCUAGCUAGUGUACCUAGGUAGCUAACGAGCCAAAAGCCUAAGCCUUAGAAAGGCUGCCGGCAGGCAUUUUGCGCGGCUCUGUCGAAGCUUCACGCGACAAGAGAAUCUGCGCUGCACCCGUGCGACCUUGCAGCAGUGCGCAUCCGAAGUCGCUCGAGUGCAAGGUGCAAAAAUGGAUGCCGUGCGCCGCGGCCUCGCGCGCGUGCACGCCCGGCUCGUGGACGGCGCCACGGCCCUGACCUGCAUCAGCCACAAGGCUCCCGCCCGCCUGCUGCCGCUGCACACGCCCGCCGCGGCGCGGCGCGGCGCGGCGCGCUGCGUGCUGUCGAGCCUCGGCGGCGGGCUCCUCCAGGGCGAUGCCAUCGCCGUCGAGGCGCGCGUCGGCGCGGGCGCGACGCUGCAGCUGUCGACGCAGGCCUCGACGAAGGUCUAUCGGGGCGCGCGCGGCGCCGCGCAGUCCCUGGACGCCGACGUAGACGCGGGCGGGUUGUUGGUCGUGACGCCGGACGCCGUGACGCCCUUCGCCGGGAGCCGUUACGAGCAAAAGCAGACCGUAACAUUGGCGGCGGGCGGCUCGUGCGUCGUCGUGGACUGGCUCGGCGCCGGCCGGAGCGCGAACGGCGAGCGCUGGCGGAGUUUGGCGUGUACAUCGCGGACGGCGUACGUCACCGCCUCGCGGACGUUGGUGGACGCCGUGGCGCUGCCCGGCGCCCACGCCAUCGACGCGACGGACGCCUGGUACGACGCGGUGGUCUCCUGCGUCUUCGCGGGGCCGCGCGCGCAAGAAACGGGCGAAAAAGCUCUGGCCGUGGCGCGGCGCUUGGCUGCUAUGCGGGGCGCGCGCGUCGCCGACGGUGCCCAGGCGGACGUGGGCCCCCUGGCGGGUGCGGUUUUGAUGGGCGCGGGCCGCGUCGACGACGAUCUCGUGGUCGCGCGCUUCUGCGCCGAGGCGCCCGAGGACGCCUACCGCAUUUUGAAAGAGGCGCUCGCGCCCCUGGAAGGUGCGCUCGGCGAGGCGCCGUACGCCGAGCGGCUCCACGGCGUCGGCGGGUUCGGACGGAGGGCGCGCGUGCCGGCGGAAGACGCGGUCGUGGAUGUGGCGGACGCGUCAUCGACGCCUAUGACGCCGGAGCACGUCCUCGCGCUGUCGCAGCUCGUCGACUCGGCGCUGCCGACGGGCGCCUUCGCCCACUCCGGUGGGCUCGAGGCGGCGGCGCAGCUCAACCUAUUGAGGGCGGACGACGAGGCGAGUUUGGUAAGGUUCCUGGGCCAGCUGCGGGCGUCGCACUACUCGCUAUAUGUGCCCUUCUUCGACGCCGCGUACCGCGGCGAGGAUCUUGCGGCCCUCGACGCGGCGCUCGACGCGCUCCUCGCGCCGGCGCCGCCCGCGCAACGGGCCUCGCUCGCACAGGGCGCCGGCCUGAGGCGUGUGGCGGGUGCCCUCGGCGGCGGCGUGCCGGAGGCCUGCGCCCACGGCGCCGUGGCUCUCGGCGCGCUGGCUCAUUCGCUCAAUCUGCCGCUGGCGGCCGCGCGCGACGCGUUCGCCUUCGCGGCGGUCCGCGACGCGUGCUCGGCGGCCGUGCGCCUCGGCCUCUGCCAGCCGACGCGCGCCGUCGCCGUGCAGCGCGAGGUCCUCGCGCGGCCCCGGCCCGGCGUGCCGGCGGUCGAGGACGCGGCGGCGGCGGCGCCGACCGUCGACGCGGCGCACUGCGCUCAUGAUUUGUUGGAGAUGCGGCUUUUUCGGAGUUGA